AUGAAGAAACAUUUUGAAGACAAGCACGCUGAUAAAGAAUUACCCACAUUCUCGGACCUUAUAAGGUUUUUGGAAACCGAAAUACGGAUUUUGGAAUCCAGUGCGGAACCACAGGCCGGUACGUCAGCGGGAAGGCGUAGUGGAAGUGGACAGAGCCAUGCGGUAAAGGCUCAUGCGGCAUUUCAGAGUUAUGCGGGUUCGGCGUCGUCGUGUCGACUAUGCGGAAAAAGCGGACACUUCAUUGCUAAGUGUGAAAAAUUCUUGGAGAUGAAACCUGCGGCUAGGAAGCGUCAGGUGGUAUCGCUUAGGUUGUGCUUCAAGUGUUUGAAUGGUCACAACAUUAACCAGUGCACUUAUAACAAGAACUGUUACAAGUGUAAUUCGGCUAAACACCAUUAUUUAUUACAUUUCGAUCUUCCGGCAACUGGUUCAGAUCGUGAACAACGUUUGACGUCAAACAAGUUUACUACAAGUGGGGAGGUUCACAACGCUAGCUCGUCCUCUCCAAGUGCUCCUAUUGUGAGUGCACCUUUUCCCAGCGGCAAUCCAGGAAGUGCGGUCCCUGGAGUCACUGGACUAAUGGCAUCACAGGUCAAUAAACCUAAUAUGUAUCAGCGAAAGGUGCUACUUGCGACGGCAAUAAUAAGAGUACUGGACAGUAGCGGAAGCUUCCAGGAGGCGCGGGCCUUACUGGAUGGAGGAAGCGAGAGUACAUUUAUAUCGGAGUCAUGCGUGCAGAAGUUGGGCUUAAAGCGGUUUAAGCCUGACGCCUCAAUCACAGGACUGAACUGUACUCCUAUAAGCGGUUGCAGGGGAGCAGUUAACUUAACCAUGGCACCUAGGCUGACGGAUCAGCCUGUGCUAGUGACCACAGCUACGGUCUUAAAUAAAAUCACACAUAACCUACCUGAAUAUUCGUUGCCGGCUCAAUUAGCAGAUAAUUAUCGGGGACUGUAUCUUGCGGAUGAACAGUUCUUUGUCAGUCGAGAGAUUGACAUUUUAAUAGGCGAAGAUCUACUUGGUGACAUUGUACUCAGCGGGCGCAUUAAAAUAAAUGAUCACAUUCCACUGAUGACGAAAACGGUGUUCGGCUACGCGUUAUCUGGUCCAGUCACUAUUGCGGCUUCCCCUCAAGUUCCGUGUGCGUCCCAUGUCUUCUUCUGUAGCACAACCACAGAUCGGAUUUUAGAGCGAUUCUGGGAAGUGGAGGACAUUCCAGUUACUAUAGAAAGCCCCAAGGAUCUGGAAUGUGAGAAGAUGUUUAAAGAAACCCAUCGACGGGUUGAAGAGGGCAGAUAUUCGGCACGGUUGCCUUUUUUAUCUGAUGCCCCUGAAAUCGGAAAUACUGUGCCAAUAGCCAUGAAGCGGUUCUUGGCUAUGGAAAGGCGGCUCCUCGUGAACGGAAACGAGGCUUUUAGAAAUAAGUAUGUCGGAUUUAUGCGGGAGUAUUUGGAGACUGGACACAUGUCUUUGUGUAACGGGGAACCACAGGACUAUAGAAGUGGUAGCUAUAUCAUUCCACAUCAUGGAAUUUUUAAGGCGGAUUCGGAUAAAAUUCGUGUUGUUUUUGAUGCUAGCUGCGCAUCAGCGAAUGGAGUCGCCCUAAACGAUUGUUUACAUGCGGGUCCAAAGCUACAGCGAGACAUCGCGGAAAUCAUAUGUAGAUUUAGGCUACAUCGCUAUGUUUUUACAACGGACAUCAGGAUGAUGUUUAGACAGAUUUUGAUUGCUGAGGAGGAUAGGCGGUUCCAGCUCGUUUUCUGGAGGGAGUCCCCAGACUUACCUUUGCUUGUAUAUCGGUUGAAUACCGUAACUUACGGCAUGAAGUCGAGCCCAUACCUCGCGAUUCGGGCGCUAAGACAAUUAGCAUCCGACGAGGAAACGUUUCCUGCAGCGGCACAUCUUCUCCGCUCUUCGGUGUAUAUGGAUGACAUUUUAGGUGGAGCUGACUCCAUAGAAGACGCGAGCAAGUUGAAGCAGGAGCUGACGGACUUACUACGCUCUGGCGGUUUCGAGCUUAGUAAGUGGACGUCAAACAGCAAAGAAGUCUUAAAAGACAUAGAAGAGGAGCAUUUAGAAAAACCUCGGAAGAUAUUUGACAAUUCGGAUGGGCCUAGCUUCUAUAAAAUCCUCGGUGUUCAAUGGGAUUCUAGCAGUGAUAGUUUCUCAUAUCGUACUAGGCUAGACGAUACUAGCGAAUGUACUAAGCGGUCAAUUUUAUCAACAUUAGCUAGGGCUUUUGAUCCUUUGGGAUGGAUCUGUCCGGUCAUUUUUCAGGGUAAGGUUCUCAUGCAGCAACUCUGGUUGAAGAAUUUGUCAUGGGACGCGAAAGCUCCUAAUGACGUGGUUGCGGAAUGGCAAGGUAUUUUGAAAGAAAUGCCCGGAAUUUCAAGUCUACGUAUGGAACGGUUUGUCUUAUUGGACGAAAAGUCUUGUUCUCUGCACGGAUUCUCAGAUGCAUCAGAACUGGGAUAUGGUGCAGCGGUUUAUCUGAGGACUAUGGGACAAGAUGGAAGGGUGAUAGUUAGUUUGAUGAUGGCCAAAUCCCGAGUCUCACCGGUCAAAUCAAAACUAACUAUCCCGAAACUUGAACUUAGCGGUGCUGCGUUGCUAGUCAGACUUUUGAAAUACGUCGUUGCUGCCAUCAGUGAUGACAUGACGAUCGACGGAAUCUUUGGGUGGUGUGACAGCACCAUUGUUCUCUCGUGGUUGAAGAUAUCACCACAUUUGUUGCAGACUUUUGAGGGCAAUCGCGUUUCUCAAAUUCUGAAUUACGGUUUAGACAUAGCCUGGAGACACUUACCUUCAGAAAUGAACCCUGCUGAUGUCGCGAGUCGCGGUUGUCGCGCAUCAGUACUGCUUGAGCACCCUUUAUGGUGGGGUCCUCCUUGGUUGUCAGGUGAUGCGGAAACCUGGCCCAGGAAUAUAAUGGAUAAAGCGGAAGAUCCAUUACCUGGAUUACGGAAGGAAGUACAGCAAGGGCUUAGCGACGGCGCAGCCAAGCAGUCAAUAACAUGGCGGUUCAAUUCUCCAGCGGCGCCACAUUUCGGUGGUCUAUUUGAGGCGACCGUAAAAUCGGCUAAAACAUUAUUGCGGCGUGUCAUAGGUGAACAGGUUUUGACGUUCGACGAAUUGGUAACGGUAUUUACCAGGGUUGAAGCGGUUCUUAAUUGUCGUCCGUUAUGCCCGUUGUCCCAAGAUCCUCAUGAACUGGAGGUCUUGACGCCUGCCCAUCUACUCAUAGGUAGAUCUUUGCUUUCGGUUCCGGAGUACAAUUUUGAGGAUAUGCCAAACUCGCGGUUGAGUCGUUUUAACUUAAUUCAAGCUAUGUCUCAACGCCUGUGGAGAAAAUGGAGUGACCAAUAUCUUCAUUCUCUUCAAAUGCGUAGAAAAUGGACAUCUCCAACUGAUCCGCCUAAGCUGGGCGAUCUUGUUCUUAUAAAGGAGGAAAAUUUACCUCCUCUGAAAUGGAGGUUAGGAAGAAUAGAGGAAUUGCUACCCGGCAAAGACGGUGUUGUUAGGGUAGUGCGUCUUAAAACUUCUACAGGUAGCUUCACGCGGCCGGUUGUUAAAAUUUGUAGGCUUCCUUUGGAAGAUUAA